AGUCCGUGUGAUUGCCUGCUAGUGUACCACAACAUUGAAAAAUUGACCCAUCUGCCACUUAGCUUAUCAAACGAGCUUUAUUUAAUCAACGCGGUAGGAAAUGUUAAGUUUUCCAAGAGUAAGUAGCAGAUAAGCAAUUUUUUUUCGCGAUUCUUCCGUAAUUCCGAAGCUUGACCACGAGAGUCUCAUGUUUUUAGCAUCUGCUCGUGUAGUUUUUAGAUUUCCUCCCCAGUAGCUUCUUCAACUCAACUUUCAGGGAUGAAUAAACGAGAAGGUGAAGGAUCAUCCAGUAAAAAGGCUGUGAGUGAUGCCAAUGUGAACGUGUCCUCGCCUAUCAUCGCUGCUUUUAAAGUUUUCCAGCAGGAGCUCGACACCAAACAUGACAAAUAUGAGCGGCUUGUUAAGAUCAGUCGAGACAUCACCAUUGAGAGCAAAAGGACUAUUUUCCUUUUACACAGAGUAACCAGUGUUCCUGAUGUUGAGGGGAUUCUCAGUGAAGCUGAUGUUAAACUGGAUUUGGUGAGGCAGAAGAUUGGCCUCAUUGCUGACGAGCUCAGAGGAGAGGACAUCUACCAGUUCCACAGAGCCUUCACACCUGGUAUCCAGGAGUAUGUUGAAGCUGUUUCGUUCCAGCAUUUCAUCCGCCAUCGCAGCCUCAUCAGCCUCGAGGAGAUCAACGCCCGCCUGGUGUUCAUGAGGGCAGAGAAAGAGAAUGUUAAGGUUCCUGUUGAAGCUGCUCCGGGGGGCACCCAUGUCCUGACCUUCCAGGUGACCCCCUCAGAUUACCUUCUGGGCGUGGCCGACCUCACGGGGGAACUAAUGCGUCUGUGCAUCAGCAGUGUGGGAAACGGAGAUAUCGACACGCCCUUUCAGCUCAGCCAGUUCCUCCGACAAAUCCACGAUGGUUUCUCUUACAUAGGUAACACAGGGCCCUACGAAGUGUCCAAGAAACUGCACACAUUAAGGCAGAGUUUGGGUAAAGUGGAGGACGCCUGCUACACACUACGAGUCCGAGGGUCUGAGAUCCCCAAACACAUGCUGGCAGAUGUGUUCACGAGCAGAAACACCAUUAUGGACCCAGAGGAGGGAGUGGUUUAAUCCCAUUUGCUCGGAAGCCUGGUUUUAUUAUUGUUCACUUUUAUUAAUGGGGCCUGAUUUGACAGUAUAGAGUUCUACAUCAUUAAAUCUAGUCUAGUCAGGUUGUUUCAGUAGUUAAAGGUAUAUAACUUUGAAUUUCAGGUGUUUUUUUUUAAUGCUAAAUAAAUAAAAAAUAAGUACAUGGAUACUACCCAUGGAUACAAGUAAUGGCAGACCCUAUACCAGAAAAGUAACAUGCUGCACCUUUAGUUUCAAAGUAAAUUAAUGUGUAGCCCCCCCAACAAUAGUUUU